CGCUUGCCGGCAAGCAGGGAAAAUAAAGCUAACAAUUUUAUUUAUUUUGAAUAGAACAUCAUUUAAAUGCACAAAAAUGGCCGGCGACAAUGAGAGCAACAGUGCCGAAACCACAAAUGAGCAAAUUGAUUUGGCUGUCUACCGCAAAUUAGUGAAACAGUUCAUCGACAUGCGUCGCUACUCAACAGCGCUCUUUUGGGCAGAAAAAGUGGCCGUGCUUAGUGGAUAUGAACCAAGAGAUGUAUAUUAUCAUGCCCAGUGCAUGUUUCUGUUGGGGGAGUUUCAUCGCGCUGCCCAUACCAUACAGCAUUAUAAGCUGGAGAAGAAUUCCCUGCCCUGUUUCAAUUUGCUGCUCGAAAGCUUAUACGCUGCGAAGGAGUAUAAUGAGGCGGCCAAUAUCAUACAAUCGGUGGAGGUGGAUCUUAUGACCACCUCCUUGAUAAAUCAGCCUGUUGAUGCGGGCAGUGGUUGCUAUUUGGAGAGCAAUAGUGUCUUUGCCGGCGAGGAGAACAAUCGCAACGAACUGCUGGCCUCCAUAUACUUGAUGAAAGGUAAAGUGUACGAAGCGCUUGACAAUCGGGGCAUGGCCAUGGACUUUUAUGUGCAGGCUCUACACAAAUCAAUUUAUUGCUUUGAAGCGCUAGAGGCUUUGGUGCAGCACGAAAUGCUAAUGGCCUGGGAAGAGUUUGAAUUGAUGCACCAUUUACCGUUGGCACAGCAAUCGAGCGAAGUGGAUGCCAAGUUUAUUCUUAAAUUGUACGAGUCAAGAUUGAAGAAAUACUACGAGCUCAUAUCGACUCGCGGGGUUGAUGAAAUAUCGCCCAUUGUCAAUCCAGAUGUACUUAAAUAUAUCAAAGAGGUUAGCACACGUGGGCAGCCCCAAACAGGCACAUCGGAGACGCAGGUACCUAAGCCGAUUUUGGUCAAGUUCCCGGUAAUUUCGCCGGCACAAAAAGUGCUCGAGGACUUGAAGGUACCCACAUUCUCGCUGCAAACAAGCCUCUCCCGCGCCUCUUCCAUGAUUGAUUCUUCGCACCGCUCCUACUUUGAGUCGUCCGGGCGAAGGCGUUCACGCGACAACGAUACAGUCACGAUACAGUUAAUGCCACUCGCCGAAUGCAUGACGCGGGUGCUACGCAGCACGGAUCUUAUGGCAGCCGAGGCUGAGAAAUGCUUCUACGAUUGUGACUACAAACACUGUCUGAAGAUUCUGAAUGACCUCUUGAAAAUUGAUCCGUUUCACAACAAUGCCUUGACCAUACAGAUAGCGUGUCUCGUGGAGAAUGGAGACUUUAAUAAGCUAUUCUAUGUGGCCCACAAAUUAGUUGAUCGCUAUCCUGAUAAAGCAAUAUCCUGGUAUGCCGUUGGCUGUUACUACGACAUGAUAGGCAAGAGCGAUCCAGCUCGCCGCUAUUUAUCCAAAGCCACAGCACUAGAUCGUCUCUAUGGGCCCGCCUGGCUAGCCUAUGGCCAUUCCUUUGCUAAUGAGAAUGAGCACGAGCAGGCCAUGGCUGCGUACUUUAAGGCCACGCAAUUAAUGCGUGGCUGUCAUUUGCCUUUGCUCUACAUUGGUGUCGAGUGUGGACUGACAAAGAAUCUCGAAUUGGCGGAGAAGUUCUUUUUACAGGCCAUGACAAUUGCUCCUCUUGACGUUUAUGUGCUGCAUGAGUUGGGCGUGAUUAAAUAUGAGUAUGAAUACUACGAGGGUGCCGCCACCAUCUUCCAUUGCACUGUGGAUCUUGUGAGUCAACGUGCAAAGGCCAAUAAUGAGGAAAUAUCUGCACGUUGGGAGCCGUUGUACAUCAACUUGGGUCAUUCUUGUCGCAAAAUUAAAAAGUACGAGGAGGCGCUCUAUCACUUUCAAUAUGCACUGGUGCUAAAGCCCCAGAACCCAACGACAUACACAUCCAUUGGUUUUAUCCAUGCUCUUUUGGGUAACCUCGACAAGGCUAUUGAAUAUUUUCAUAAGAGUUUGGCUCUAAAUCGUGAUUGCAUUGUCACAUCCACAAUACUGAAAGGCUGCAUUGAGGACUUAAUGGAUGACAACACCACAAUUGAUGAGAUUUGCAGCAAGGCCCUAAAAAAGGUUUCCAAAUCCACCCCGGCUGGCAGCCAACGUGCUCCAAGUGCUGAUAAAUUCAAUGGCGUUAAAUUGAAAUUUGAUGAAGACGAGUUGACCAAUUCAGACUCCAAUAUGAUUGUCGAGAUGAGUUUCGAGACCUAAAAUAGUUCAUGUAAAUGCACUAUGUUCGUUGUUUUUUCUCCCAUGUUCAAAAGAAUAAUAUCGAUAUUAUAUACAUA